AUGAAAAAAGAAAUAACUUUCAAUGUAUGCUAUGGAGAGGAGGAGGAGAAAAAAAACGUAGUGGGAUUACUCGUGGAAAAUAAUUUUGAUGAAGUUUACGAGCCCCUAACUAGUGAAAGUUUGAGAUUUUUUUUACCAUUAAAUGGGUUAUAUGUAAUAGAUUAUCAAUUACAUUUUUUUAAAUAUAAUGAUAUAAAAAAAAUAUAUAUUGUUGUAACACAUCAUGAAAAGGAAUUACAAAGUUAUGUUGAGAAAUUUCAGAAAAGUAAAAGAAAAUACAAUGAUUUAGAUAUAGAAAUAAUUAAAAUGAACAAAAAGACAAAAAGCUUAGGAGAUGUUUUAAGAGAUUUUAAAAAAUGUAAAGACGUAUAUGAUGAUAUAUUAUUAUUACUUUCUGAUACUAUACCUAUAUCAAAUAUAAAAGAAAUAAUUAAAGCUCAUUUUAUAAAUAAAGAAAAAUGUAAAAAUCAAAUUAUGACGCUUUUACUAACUCAUGACACAAAUGAUAAUAUGAAAAAUCAGGAUGAAGAAUUUGUAAUUGCUUAUGACAAUUUUACACUUAAACUGUUGUUAUUUGAAUAUAUAAAAAAUAAAAAUUAUAUAAGCAUAACCAAUGAGAUAUUUGAUCAAGUAAAUAAUAAUAGCAAAAAUGUAAAAUCAAAGAAAAAAGAAAAUAAACCAUUUACUCAAGUAAACAAUAAAAAAGAAACAGCUGUAGGAGAACGCUCGAUUUUUUCUACCCUUAGUUCUUCAGCUAGUUCUAUUAUUAUAUCUUGUGAUGUGCUCAUACCAAAUAUAUAUAUUAUAACCCCUGAUGUUUUAAAACUAUUUGAAGAUAAUUUUGAUUAUCAAUGUAUUCGUAAAGAUUUAAUUUAUAAUAUAUUAAAACAAGAAAUAAAAAUUGAAGAAAUAUAUGUACAUGAAUUAAAUGAUGAUCAUAAUUAUACAGAAUGCAAUCAAAUGAUUGUUACUUUAUUUGAUUUUCGAAUUUAUUACAAUUUUUAUAAAACAUUAAUAGAAAAAAAUAUUCAUCCAUUUUUAUCUAAAGCACAUCAUCUUUUACCUGAUAUGCCUCAAUUAAUUUAUACCGAGCCAGGAUUUUAUAGGUCCAAAAAUUCAUUAUUUAGUGAUGAUUGUAAAAUCUUCAAAUCAAGUUCUAUUGAAAAUUUUUCAGAAAUCAUGAAUGAUACAACUAUUGAAAAUUCGACCAUAUGUAAAAAUUGUAAAAUUCAUAAAAAUGUUACAAUUGUAAAUAGUAUUAUCGGAAAAAAUACUACUAUAAAAAGUAACGUAGUUAUAUUAAAUUCUUUUGUUAGUGAAAAUGUAAUCAUUAAUAAAAAUGUGUUUAUUGAUGAGGGUUGUAUUAUUGGAAAAAAUAUGAAUAUACCGGAGGGACUAAGGAUUAAAAAAUAUACCAGACUUAGCAAUUACAAAUAUGAAAUGGCUAAAGGAAAACUUGCUGAAGCAAGCAGCCAUGAGCUCGAGGACGCGAAAGGGAAAGAAACUAAGGAAGAUAUAAAGGAAGAGAUAAAGGAAGAGAUAAAAGAUGAGGUUAAAGAAGAGAUAAAGGAAGAGGUUAAAGAAGAGAUAAAGGAAGAGGUUAAAGAAGAGAUAAAGGAAGAGAUAAAGGAAGAGGUUAAAGAAGAGAUAAAAGAUGAGGUUAAAGAAGAAAUAAAGGAAGAGAUAAAGGAAGAAAUACAAGAUGAGGGUAAAGAAGAUAUAAAGGAAGAGGGCAAAGAAGAGAUAAAGGAAGAGGGCAAAGAAGAGAUAAAGGAAGAGGUUAAAGAAGAGAUAAAAGAUGAGGUUAAAGAAGAAAUAAAGGAAGAGAUAAAGGAAGAAAUAAAAUAUGAGGGUAAAGAAGAGAUAAAAGAUGAGAUAAAAGAUGAGGGUAAAGAAGAAAUACAAGAUGAGGGUAAAGAAGAGAUAAAAGAUGAGGGUAAAGAAGAAAUACAAGAUGAGGGUAAAGAAGAGAUAAAGGAAGAGGGCAAAGAAGAGAUAAAAGAUGAGGGCAAAGAAGAGAUAAAAGAUGAGGGUAAAGAAGAGAUAAAAGAUGAGGUUAAAGAAGAAAUAAAGGAAGAAAUAAAAGAUGAGGUUAAAGAAGAAAUAAAAGAUGAGGUUAAAGAUGAGGGCAAAGAAGAGAUGAUAACAGUAAAUGUGAAGGAACACGUUGAAGGAAGCAAGGUUGACAGUGAAAAGGAGAGGGUUGAGGAGGUGACGAUUGAUGUCGAGGAGGCAAAGAAGGGCGAGGAAGAGGAGUUCAAUAUAGAAAACUACAUAGUUAAAACAAAAUAUUCUGAUGAAAAAUUAAGAUCGUUUUUUUUCUAUACUCAUAAUUCUGAAGAUGAUAAAAAGUUAAAAACAUUGAGUUCGUUAGAAUAUGACUCAGACGAAGAAAUUGAAAGUAGCUCAGAUUAUUCUGGAGAUAAGGAAUAUGAUGCACUAUAUUGUAGCGAUGAAAAUGAUAACGAAUCUGAAACACAUGAUAAUAAUAAUUUUGGAAUUGAAUAUGAUAAUUCAAAUGAAACAUCGAUAGAAAGUGAAAAAGCUACUUUUGAUAAUGAAAUAUCAUUAUUAUGUAAAGAAGCUUUUGAAAAGCCACAAUUUAUGAAUCAUAAAAUAUUAGAAAUGAAAAGUUUUCGUCUUUCACAGAAUUAUACAGAUUUAGAUGUAAUCAUAUCAUUUUUUCCAAUUUUUUGGCAAUUUAUAAAUAAUCUAGAAUUUGAAAAAGAUACAUGGAUUGAUAAAUUUGACGAUACUAAAUUAGAUUUACUUUUUUCGUCAUUUUUAAUAGAUGAACCAAUAUAUUAUGAAACUAUUUAUGAUUUAAUUCUCGAGUUUUCAAAGAAAACAUAUUUAGAUAAUAAUGUCAAAAAUAACAUACAUGGCCCUAGCCGACUUUGUAACACUUUUGAGUAUAUAUACCAUUCAGAUAUUUUUGAGUUUAACCACUUUAAUAAAUGGAUUAAUAACCGAGGAAAUGACGAUUAUUUGGUAGACAACAAACGGCUAAAAGCUUUCGCUGAAUGGGUUUCAGGGGAGUAG